AUGACGGAGAUUUUUUUUCUUCGACUUCUUUGCUAUUUUUCAUAUUCCUCGCCGCAGCCUCGACUUUUAUUCUUUCUGGUUUCUCGUUUUUCCUCUUUAUUUUUCCCUGCUUUUCUUCUUUUGAAGUUUUUCUCUCUACUCUUUCUUUUCUAUAUUUCACCUUUUCUUUUUUUCCCCCAAUUUUUAUUUUUCCUUCCUUUCUCAUUUCCUACCGUAGUUUUCUGUUCUUCUUCUUCACCUCUUCUUUUUCUAUUUCUUUCUUUUCAUUUUAUCACACAAUUUGACCCCUUUUUCUAUUUACUUUCCUUUCUCCUCUUCUUCAAUUUUUCUUUUUCUGUAUUGUUUUUCUUUUUCUUCCUAUUCAUAACUCUCUCAAUUUUUCCUCCUUUCUUCUUUACCACAAGUCAUCUUUUUCGUCAACCAUUUUCAGUUCUCCAAUUUCAUUAUUACCCACUACGUUUUUUUCUCUUCUUUUCUCCCUCUUCACAAUUCCCUAUUCUUUCUCUACCAUAUUUCCUUCCAUCUUCUUUACCGCCAGUCUCCUUCUUCGUCAAUCAAUGUCGUCCCUUCUUUCGAUUCUUCAGAGCAAUUUCCACUGCCUAA